AUGUCAAAAAAGAAAGCAUUCACCUCUCUUUUAUAUCUUGCAUCUAUAGUAUUUUUGCCCUGGUGGAUUUCUCUCUCAUUUAAUAAAAGUCUGGAAUCUUGGGUUACUGAUUGGUGGAAUACUAGGCAAUCUGAAAUUUUUUGGAAUGAUAUUCAAGAAAAGAAUAUUAUAAAAAAUUUCAUAGAAUUGGAAGAAAUCCUUCUUUUGGAGGAAAUGAUCAAGGAAGACUCAGAGACACAUCUACAAAACCUUCGUAUAGGAAUCCACAAAGAAACGCUCCAAUUAAUCAAGAUACACAAUGAGGAUCAUAUUCAUACGAUUUUGCACUUCUCGACAAAUAUAAUCUGUUUCGUUAUUCUAAGCGGUUAUUCUAUUUUGGGUAAUGAAGAACUUGUUAUUCUUAACUCUUGGGCUCAGGAAUUCAUAUAUAACUUAAGUGACACAAUAAAAGCUUUUUGGAUUCUUUUAUUAACAGAUUUUUUUAUCGGAUUCCAUUCGACUCGUGGUUGGGAACUAAUGAUUGGCUUUGUCUACAAAGAUUUUGGAUUUGCUCAUAAUGAUCAAAUUCUAUCUAGUCUUGUUUGUAUUUUUCCAGUCAUUCUAGAUACUCUAUUUAAAUUUUGGGUUUUUCGUUAUUUAAAUUGUGUUUCUCCGUCACUUGUAGUGAUUUAUCAUUCAAUGAAUGAAUAA